AUGAAGCUCCCAGCCUUCCUUCUCUCGUUCUGCAUUAUAGCACUCUACCUCAAGGUAGCAAAAGCUCUUACGCCUUUGAAUGGCACUCUUUUCCAAUCCACCUUCGUGUCAGACACUCAAGAUCAAGUCUUCCUCAUUGAAAAUAGCCAGUAUCUUGCUGUGACUUCGGAUCCUGUUUUCACUGUUCCGUGUGUACUGGACCCUUCCCAAGGGCCACUCACUUAUAUCUCGGCUCUCUCUGCCACCACCACCGGGGAUGAGCUGCAACAAGUCAUCAACGAUUCCUUCGCAAAGGAUGAUGUCCUUAUCCAGGGAUUUCUUGGCAAUGUUCUUGUCAGCGCAAGCAGUUCCGAUGACCUCGAUGACUCAGUCAUCAGUUAUCUAGAAGGUCUCGGAUCCAACAUCAUCUACGGUAGUGGUGACGGGCCAUCUACGUGCGGCAACUCUACGCUUAUUCCCUGUCCUCUGUUUGCAAUCACAGAUGGGGACAGCCUUUAUCUCAGCAAGGUUCUUCUCAUGUACGUUGACACGUACAGAACCUUCGUGACUGGCACGUACGAGUCCAAUGGCGGCUACAAGGCAUCCACGCAGUCGAAAGCCGACUGGGGAUACCCGAUGAUUCCUGUCCCCUCAAGAUUUUACAGUACGGAAGACACCAGGCCAUUGGCCGGUCAGCGUGUUGCCGUAAAGGACAUCUAUGAUCUCGAGGGAAUCCAAACAACUGCCGGCAGCAGAGCCUAUGCUGCAGUCAAUGAUGUGGCAAGCAAGACCGCGCCCGCGCUCCAGCAAAUUAUCGAUCUCGGCGGAGUUGUCGUCGGCAAACAGAAGACUGCCCAGUUCGCCUCACCUCAGAGUCCCUGGAACUGGAAUGAUGCCUUUUACCCUCGCAAUCCUCGCGGAGACACUUUCUUGAGUUGCGCAGGCUCGUCUUCGGGAGCGGGCUGCUCUAUUGCCGCUUACGACUGGCUGGACUAUGCCGUCGCCACCGAUACUGGUCUGUCCGUCCGACAGCCGGCCGCAUUCUCUGGCACCUAUGGCAACAGGCCUUCACAAGGAAUGAUUCUCAUGGAGAAUAUCAUCACCAAUGCAUUCAACGCCGAUACUGCCGGCGUCAUCUGUCGCGACCCAGUCAAAUGGGCCACGUUUGUGAAGGCGUGGUACGACCCCUCACUCCACCAGGACACGUCGUUGAACGGUUUGCCUACUCUCUCGGUUCCCGACGAUCGUACGUUCCCUAAGCGAAUUCUGUACCCGGUCGACCAUCUCCCGCUACAGAACCCCGCCGCCGAGACCAUUCUUCAGAAGUUCUUGAGCGACGCAUCGGCAGCGCUAGGCGCCACUGUGGAGCAGUUCAACUUGACUGAGACGAUCGAGAGCGCGACAGGGAGACCCAUCGCGCAAGUACUCGGAGAUUUGCUCGUUCUGUGGACACAUGAUUUGAUUACAGAGACUGCCCAGCCCCUCCUGGCAAAAUACGCUCCAGAUUUUCCGCCCCUUGACGAGCCAUACCGCGGCGCGUUCCACUCCACGACCGUCGACGACAACGUUUACAAGGCAGCAAUGACGAACCGGACCCGCGAUGCGGCUCUCUGGCACGAAAAAGUCCUCUUCUCCACCGACACAUCCUGUUCCGAGGCCAUUUUUGUCUAUGAUGUCGGAACUGGCGGGAUUCCUACAUUCCGCUCCCAAGACCUAAACAGCGACCCGGGCUCCACGAACCCCGUGAGCCCUACAUCUCCUCAAGCUGGGUCGACUGUGGCUUCAUACUUUGGCGAUGCAGACUACACUAUCCCCAUCGGCCAGGUCUCUUACUUCAGCAAUGUCACUUUCCAGCAAGAGAUUAUGCCCGUCACUGUCAACCUUGUCGCCAAGAGGGGUUGCGACUUUGUUCUCUUCAACUUGGUGAAUGAGUUGGCCGACAAGGGCAUCUUGAAGACUGUCUUGACAGGAAAGCAGCCUUUUUCCACUUAG